AUGGCAGUCCCCGGGCGGCCCGGCGGGCGGCCCGGCGGCGGGGGCGGGGGCGGGGCGGCUGUUGAGGCCGCUACUCGCCAGGCGGUCCCGGCAGAAGUUGUAGAGCUCGUGGUUGCCCCAGGCGUGGUGCACCGGCACCGGCAGCCUCCGCAGCGCCGCCAGCACCCGCUCCAGAGCGCCCUCGGCCGCGCCGCGCCGCGCGUUGACGCCGUCGAUGCAGUCGCCCAGCUGCACCACGAAGGCGAGCGGCGGCUGCUCGGCUGCCCACGCCUCCACGGCGGCCCGCAGCAGGCGGAGGCUGUGCCGGUAGUACCGCCGCCGGCGCCCCCAGAAGUCGCAGCCGUCCUCCUCGUCUGCGUACUGGAUGUCCGCGACCACCCCGAAGGAAACGCGCGGCGCCGCCUCCAUCGCGGCCGCCGGAGCCGGAAGGGGAACGGGAAGGGGAGGGACGGGGCGGGCGGCAGCAUGGCGGUGGCUCUCCGCUGCUGGCGACUCUCGCAGCGCUGGCGCCUCCCGGCCGGCGCCAGUUUCGCGGACCUGGCCUGGGGCCGGCCGCUGAGCGGCCAGGCGGCGCCGCUGCCGGCCCGCGGGGCUCUCCCCGUGCCCGUGCCCGGCAGCCGCUCCCUGUCCCGCCUGCCGCCGGGGAGCGGCCAGCGGGCGGCCCCGCAGAGGAGGCUGGUGUCCUGGCGGUCGCUGGUGGCCACCUUCAUCGUGUGCGGAGGGCUGCUGGUGGCUAUGAAAAAGAUGAAGAAAACGAAGGAGGAGAAGCUGGAGAAAGAACGAAACCGAGGCAUUGGGAAACCGCUGCUGGGAGGGCCCUUCUCACUUGUAAACCAUGAGGGACAGCCCAAGACCAACAAGGACUACCUCGGCCAGUGGGUGCUGAUCUACUUUGGCUUCACACACUGCCCUGACAUCUGCCCUGAUGAACUUGAGAAAAUGAUUGAAGUGGUAGAUGAAAUUGAUAGAAUUCCAUCUUUGCCUAAUCUGACCCCACUCUUCAUCACCAUUGAUCCUGAGAGGGACAAUGAAGAAGCCAUCGCCAGAUAUGUUAAAGAAUUUUCUUCAAAGCUGAUUGGAUUGACUGGUAGCAAAGCACAAAUUGACCAAGUGGCCAAAGCUUACCGUGUGUAUUACAGUGAAGGUCCCAAAGAUGAAGACAACGAUUACAUAGUGGAUCACACAAUAAUAAUGUAUCUCCUUGGGCCAGAUGGUGAAUUUGUGGACUAUUAUGGACAGAAUAAGAGGAGCACUGAGAUUUCUGCUUCUAUUGCUGCACACAUGAGAAAAUACAGAUCAUAAAAUACAAAGUCUUCAAAGAUUGAUGUUGACAUCAGCUGUAGAUUUGGCUUGAAUUGGGAAUUGUAUUCAGUGUUCUCUCAGAAGUAUAGAAGUGUAAUAUUCUCUCACUAUACAUGCCUCCUUUCUUCCAAAUAAGAAAGGCAACAGCACUCCUGCAAAAUACCAUUAUCAAAAAUCUGUAUACAGCCUCCCUCAUGGGUAUUAUUUGCAGGGAGAUCUGGGGUACAGAAUGAAAUUCAGGACUUCUUGGAAACAAUCUUGGGAGCAAAAGAGAAAACAUUUCAUUUCUGAAGAACACCUGUAUCGCUUGUAGAAUUAGUUGGUAUCUCUUGACCAGACAUCUGCAAAAGAUGGUUACGUGAUGAAAAGCCAUGUGGGUCAUUGCAACAUCAGAGGACCUUUGCCUUUUUUCCUGCAAUGUUUUGUUUUCUGGGAGAGACACUUACAAUAUUGUAAAGAGAGAGUCCUUUAUAUAGGCUGAGAAGUUGAAGAGCGUUGAAAACAUCAGCAGCUUCGAUGUAUGGGAUCAGCCUUGUAAUGUGCCCUAUCUUCCUCAUUUGAAUGCAGAAAUGAAAUAUAUAUAUUUUUUUCUUGGUGUUUUCUCCAAGCAAACACUGGUAACUUCUACAGAAAUGAAUAAUGGGUUGCAAACAGAUUUUUCUCUUGAUCUAAAUAAUUUUAUGCAUACUCAGCCUGAUUGCUUUUUGUUGAAAUGAAGUGAAGAGGUGACAGGCAUCUGUAUCCAUUCAUAGGACCAUCAAACAGAUACAUUUUAUGCAGUACAUCAUUUGAAAAUAAAGAUUGCUUUAUAGAAUUAUUGCUUUCUCAGCUUUGCAGGAAUCACCUUCCAGUAGAGGAAAGAGUGACUGUAGUGUAAGUCUGGUAUUCUUCUGCAUACAGGGACAACAUUAGAAGAGACCAGAGCCUGUAUCACCUGUUUUUUUAGUGCUAGAGGGGUUUAUGCAAAAAAGGGUCUUAUUUCCAGGGUGAUUGUGAGGUGUCUGUUUUCCUGUUUUCUUUUCUUUUUCCUUUGUUUAAUGAUAUGCCAUUAUCAGUCAAGUCAUUCUUCUGAAUGCUGGUCAAACCUCAUAUAUUUAAUGUGUUUUAUCUCUUUUCUUGAAAAUA